AGAUAGUAGCCAUUUCGGAUUGUCGGUCGUGCUUUCGUACUGUUCAGUAGUUCGGUAGAUAAAAUUGCGAAUCGAAUCCACAUCUAAAGCGCCAUUUGUGGGAAAAUCGAUUCCAAUUGGGUUUCCAUUCCUUCGGGUAAUCUAUUGGCAUGAGUUUUGUCGGUGUGAAAAGGAAAACUAUAACGAGAGGAUAUAAGAUAACUUUACAUUGAGAAGCAGCUGCUCGAACAGGUCGUUAAAAAAAUCCAUAAGAAAUGUAUCAAACUACUUUCUGCCAGUAACAUGUAGUGUUGUGCAUCUCACUCAUAACUAUUGUAUAAUGAGACAUCCAAACUAAACAUUGCUUGUAAAACCGAAAAUCUGCCAAUAGAUGGCCUCAAAGUAGGACGAAACCCAACUGACAACAAUAAGUAGUUAACAAAUCGAUAUUGAUCGCAAUCAAUAAGUUCAUUAAGUGUGAAUCGAGAAAAGGAGCAAACACAAUCAUGAGUGGCUUCUUUCGCCCAGCGAUGAUUGAAAUAAUCUGCCUAAUUGCCUUGGUAGCGGUGCUCGCUUUGAACGAGGUCACGGCUCGUCGGUUGUCGGAAGAACUUUCCGCACCGCAGCACUCGAUCGUCAAGCGAAUGGAUCUGGAAACGUGUCUAGUGCGCUUCGAUGUCCACGUGAACACGAUCAUCCGCACCGAGGAGUCACGCUCGAUGGGGGCCAAUUUUCUGGACGACGCCGAUGUUAGCUCGCGUGAGCAGUGCCUGCGGUUGUGCUGCGAAACGGAAAAGUGCGAUGUGUUUGUCUUCGAGGAGAAGAACCAGGGCACCUGUUUCCUCUUCCAGUGUGGCCCUCCGAACGAUUUCCACUGCAAAUUUACCCACCAUUCUAACUAUACGAGCGCCGUGCUGAAAAUUCCAUCGGUGGAGCAGCAGCCCCCGCCACUCGUUUCGCAGAUCCACUCACUCGCCCAACCACCGCAAAUGGCCAUGCUACCCAAGCUCUCGCAGCAUGAGCUGGAGCUGGUUAAUCUCAAGGCACCGAAGACACCCUCAAGAAGUGAGCAGCCAACGACUACUUCGUUGCCACCUCUCGGCGUUCAGCUCGGCCAACUUCCGACAGCUACGAUCCCUAAGCCUACUACGCCCACUCGGUGCGGUCACUAUGAAUUUCCUUGCCACUCCGGAGAAUGCAUUGCUAUCUACAACGCUUGCGAUGGAAUUCCACAGUGCGCUGACGCAAGCGAUGAAGGACCAGAAUGCCCAAGACCUCCUCCGGUUAAACCGUUUCAACCGUCUCCAAUCCAACAACAGCAGCAGCAAAUGCUAGAACCACAAUCGAUAUCCGCUGGACAGGUAAAUGAAAUGCCUCAAGCGAAGCCCAUAAUAGCACAAGUUUUCCAGCCGGACCUUCCACAGCAACAGCUGAGAGGAUUGCAGGAACAGCAAAAAUUGAACCGUCAAAUUCCUCACAAUCGGGAGGAUCCAAUGACGGCACCGAGAGCUUGGCCAAGACCUAUCUCUGAUCCCCAGGCUGUUUAUAUGGACACCCCUGAUAGUCACAUCUUCAACCACAAGGGUGGCCUACAGCUAUCGUCCAACAACAUGGCUCCCCCGCAGUACCAGGGAUCCUUUCCCGAAACCAACUACAUCCCCAACAUUCCACGAAACAACCCCUACAUGCCGUUGUCCGAUGGCUAUGCACCCCAGUGGACCGAUCCUCGCAUGUCUCCACCCCAGCGCCCAAUAUGGCCACAAUCACAACUCCCCCAGGAGCAGUACGUUCAACCACCCCCUCAGCAUCAAUCCGAUAUGAACCCACCCCCGAUCCAACCGGUUCCCUCAAAUCCUCAACCCUCACCGCCUCAAUCUCCUCCACCUCAACCCCAACCGGCAGCCACUGCAAUCGCAACCGAUGCGCAACCGAAGCUCCCCGUGGUCGAUGACGAAAGCUCGAAGAAGCCUGACAACCACAAGGCCGGAAAAUCAUCCGAAGAAUACGAGUCCUACGACGAGCAGUAUCAGGAAAAAUCAUCCAAAGAAGAACAAGAAGAGGAAAAACCUCAACCUCCGCAGAAGAAGAAACCACGGAAGCACCACAAGCAACAUCAGCACGACGAAGAACACAAGAAAAAGAAAUCGAAAACGGCCAAGAAGGACAAGGCUGUCCACGAAGGAGAGCACAUACCGCCGCCGGUGCACUUGAAGAUGCUGCGAAGCGAUAUGGAAAUUGAGUUCGUCGAUCACGACGGCCAAGCGGAACGACCGGGAGGAGCAGUGCUCUCGUUGACCUUGGGAGCAAUACUGACCGCCGCUCUGGCAAUUCUGAUCGGAUGCAGGAUGAAGGUGGCCCGAAGGAGAGUCAGGCGACAGGGAAAGGGAGGAUACGCGCAUGAUGCCGAUUUCCUGGUGAAUGGAAUGUAUCUUUAGGGCGCGUCGAUAUCUUGAGUUUAGGUUUAGGGAGGAAGGUUAGUAUCAUAAGCAUCUUUUUUCGAAUUGAUUUACCAUCGAAGUCAUUAGGCAAUAAGCUUGUUUUAAACUAUUGAUAAGUUUUAUUUUAUGAUAAAAACAGAAGAAAUUAUUGGAAAUAUGUGUUGCAUAAGUUUCACUGAGAAAAGAAGGAGUGUUUAUGCUUUAGUUGAACCAGCUUCGAUUAGAACAAUAUUUCUGUUAUUAAACUAGUAUUUAAAACCCAC